GUGCAAGUGGCAUUUUGCUUGCCCUUAGAUCUUGGAUCAAAUAAAAGUCUCGUUUUGCAUCUCCUCUGCCCAACAAUGGCGAGCCGUCUACACAUGCUCACGAAAAAGACACCCUCUGUAAGAAUCCUCCCCUCCACCCUCAAAACCCCGCUAUUUCUUGAACCGGAUCCCCUUCUUAUUCCCAACCAAAACCAUCUUUGCACAAAAAAACAUCCAGAUAGAGAACAUGCUAACGAUCUAGAUUCUUUUUUGGGUCACUCUUUCAGAGCGAAGGUGGAAUCCCCUCAAAUACUGCGCUUUUUCCCCAGUUUUCCAUUUGGGUUUUGCUUAAACCCUGUUUUCUCAACUGGGUUUGAGCGAUUGGCGGUGCUCGAGGCUGAGGAUGUUGAACCGGUCGAUGAUGCGAGGAGGGUUUGGGCAGACAGUGUGAAGAAGAAGAGGAAGAAGAAGAUGAACAAACAUAAAUACAAGAAGCUCAGGAAGCGUCUUCGUCGCAAGGCUAGGUCGUAAUUGAAUUCAGUCAGCAGUGCUUUCCUGUAAAAAUUUUGUAACAGCCUAAGGAAGGCCUAAGCCACUCUGAGCCAUACUUCAAAAGGACAUGGUACAACUGGAGCCCCUUGAAAUUAUUAUAAAGAGCAAGAACAUCUCCCUCCAAAGCUAUGUGGGAUAUGAUUCACCCCCUAUACUCACUCAGUAUGAGAUAUCACAUUAUGGGGUUUGGGAGGAGGGGGGCACAUGCAUGGCUGCACAACUAGCUGAAUAUGUGUGUGUGUCACCAUAUACAUACAUAUACAAUAUAUUUCAUAUAUAUAUAUAUAUGCAUUUGUGAAUGGCAGGGUUGCACCAG